AGCCGCUUUCCAGCCAGCUUGAGUUAUAGUUUAAGAGUGUCUUGGAGCGGUUCGCUCCAGUAGUACAGCCUCCUCUGGCCAGUUAAAAGGUUGAAAUCGUUUACUACAAACAGAAUUGCAAUUGAGAGACAGAAAGAAAAAACAAUACAACAGUCGUGGAAAUGACCACCGAAGCAAUGCAAACCACGUAUAUGGACCAUUCGCUUGGAAAGUGCAACCUUAGAUAUACCCUGGACGUAGGCCAGAAUUUUAACGUUUCUGGAUUUGGUAUCGCAACUCAUGCACAUCAUCCGACGGGAGAUGCGGGAGGGGAUGGCAUCACUUUGAACCCGUACAUGGAAAGUCCACAUAUUGGAGCUUUGAAGCUAAGCCCGACACACAUGGCAGAACAGACGAACGUCUCACAGUCGAAUUAUAGCAGUCAACAAGUCAACGGCUAUGUAUCCCACCCUCAUCCGCACCCUCAUCAUGGUGUAAGUGGCUAUGCUCCCCAGCCAUACACCACGGGACGUGAUUUCUUACUUCGUAGGGAUCCCCUGUCGGGCCAUAUGCCGCGUGGUGGGAUGUCGACACACGAUCCAAUGACAACAAAUUCAGGGAUGUUUCCGACGAAUCCAUCGUAUCAUGGACCCCAUACAGACGCUGGAUCGACAGCUCAUGUUAUAUUUCCAGGCCUGCAUGACCAGCCACCAGCUAGCCAUCAUAUGAACGGACAAAUGCGUUUAGGAAUUCCCGGGGAUAUCCCCCGACACGAACAAUAUAACCCAAUGCAGGCCACACGGAAUGACUACCUUACCUCCUCAAUGACCACACAGCUCCAUAAUACCCACAUGAACCACAUGAAUGCAAACAUGAACAAUUAUAUGAACAUGGGGCCGCACGGUCCUGGUGCGUUCUUUCGGUACAUGCGCCAACCAAUUAAACAAGAACUAAGUUGCUUGUGGAUCGACCAAGACCAGCCCGAACCUAGGAAACCAUGCAACAAAUGUUUCACAACAAUGCACGAAAUUGUAACGCACAUAACUGUUGAACAUGUUGGCGGACCCGAGCAGGCGAAUCAUACAUGUUUCUGGCAAAAUUGUCCACGAGAUCAGAAACCUUUUAAAGCAAAAUACAAACUCGUCAACCACAUUCGUGUACAUACAGGUGAAAAGCCAUUCCCUUGCCCCUUCCCUGGCUGCGGUAAAGUUUUUGCACGAUCCGAAAAUUUGAAGAUCCACAAGAGGACUCAUACAGGCGAAAAACCGUUCAAGUGUGAAUUUGAAGGUUGUGACCGAAGGUUUGCAAACUCAAGUGACCGCAAGAAGCACAGUCAUGUACACACCUCGGAUAAACCAUACAAUUGUAAAGUACGUGGUUGCGACAAGAGUUACACCCAUCCAAGCUCGUUACGUAAGCAUAUGAAAGUGCACAGUAAGUCCCCGCCACCACCAGGAGUUUUCGAAGACUCCUCACCCAAAGCGUCACCAAAUGCAUCGCCGGCUGGAGACAUCUCUAUAACACCAGUAAUUUCUACCAUAACGUCAAACCCACCGAACCUCAACGAAUGGUAUGUUUGCCAGACAACUGGGGGUAUGCCAACACCCCCAAGUAAUGAACAUUCACCGGUAAAUUCGAACUCAACUUCUCUCACUGGACUUAAUAAUAAUAAUAAUAACAACAACUCGACGUCGGUAACCAACCUUAUUUAGAUUAAGAGGAGACCUUCAUAUGGAAUUAUCAAAUCAUGUAGAUGACAGUCAGCGAAAAAAUCUAUCAAGACGAUUUCAACAUUGUUUGUAUGCAAAAUAUAUUUUGUCAAUAAUAAAUUAACGCAACUUCUACGUUACAUAAAUUUACACUCAUAAAAAUACAUCAACAUUUAUAAAGUGAUAUAAGCUAUGGUUUAUGGUGAUUCUAAGACAAAUGUUAAAGUGUUUAAAAUUCUGGAUUAUAACGCAAAUAGAGGGCUAAAAAUGAUAUGUAUUAUUUUUCUUAUAUAUGUGUAUAUUCAAUGUAAUGAAAUUAUUUUUGAGGUGAAUACGAAAGGCGAAAAUUGUCUUAGCAUUCUUAUAGACAACUGUAUAUUGAAAAAAGAUAUAUUGAUGUCUGGAAAGCCGUAGGUUAGAACCUUUACCGUAUGUUAGAUCUAUAAUUACAUAAAUUUGUUUAAAAUUGGUUAAACGAUAAAAUACUAUUUUAUUUAAACUUUUUUUCCCUCAAAUUUUAAAUUCAAUUGAUGAAAAUAGCUGUGGUUACAAUGAGUGUACUGCUCCUUUAAUUCAAAGUACAGUAUUCCGAAUCAAAAAUUCUAUCGGAACAUAUUUUUAGAUUUGUUCUUAUAUAUUUUCAUAUGGGUUAUAUAGUAUGUCAACUGUUAAAUGAAGCACGAUAUUUUAAAACAAAGACACUCGAUUAUAAGUAAACAAACCACGAUAAUUUUUUUUUUCUUUGUCCAUUAUUUAUGGAUUAUGACACAGAUAUUCCGAAUAAGAUUCCAGCUACAAAUGAUAAUAAAUCCUGUUUUGCGGGCUCCGAUAGAUUCUUGCGUUAAUUUUCCAACCAUAUCAAUUUCAUUAACGAUACUCUAUAAACAACGGUGAAACCGAACCGGGCGUAGAAAACUGCGUAGUAACACUACGUCAUAUGUUUCCUAGCAACACCUCGAUGACCACAAAUAAAGUUACGUCGUUUGUUACAAAAAUAUCUCUGAUGGUUGGCAGGCAGGUUUGUGAAGGGCGAUUCCAACAAUGACAAUGUACAUGACUAAUAAUAUACAUAGGCCUAGGUGUGUGAUAAUAUAGAGUGAUGCUGUGUAUAAAGUUGCUUAAGCCGACAUCAGUGAUAGUUUUAUAACAGCAUGCACACAUAACGAUUUACAUAAAAAAAAUUCAAAAUUUAUUUGGGUCUAACUUACAAUGAUUAUGAUGAUGUAUUAUAAUAUGAUUAAUGGAAAUCUGUUAUGAAAUAUUCUAAACUGACAUUUGGCCUAUAUAAUUUUGGGUUGAUAGCCUCAAACUGAAAUAAUAAGGGUAUAAAAGUGUAAUUUUUUGCCAUUGUUGAAGAUAACUUGAUGCAGACGACAAACGACUCUCAAAUUCAUUCCAGUGUUAAUAACAUAACUAUACCGGAAGUAUUAGGUACAAUACAUUGCUUUAUAUAUUAAAUAAUUAUAAUUUUUGUUAAAACCUUCUAAACAACAAUCGUAAUAUUAAAUGUUAUAAAGUGACAGAGUGAUUAAAUAAAAUUUCUUAAUGUUGAUGUAAACAAUACGAUACUGUAAAGGGACACGCGACUAAUCAAAGUUGGUCUUGGAAUGUGGUAAAAUAUAGAAUCAAAUAUGACAAGGCUUACCUUCGUGCUGGACCGCUUAAUGUCCCUGUGUGUAUUAUUGCACUUCUUGGUAUUAUUUUGAGAAGAUGAUAUGGAGGUUGUAUA